UUUAGCACAGUUUUACAAGCUGAGAUGUACAAAAAUUGCAUUUUUAUGCAGAGCUGCAAUUAUGCAAAUGGCACACUUUCGCCCAAUUAUCAUUGCAUUGAAAUUGCAGACAUUUUAAUGGGUUUAAUUCCUAUAAAUUAAACGAGCCCUGCUCAAAACCCCGCACUCUGCCUGCAAGUUCAUCAGCACAAAAUGCGCUUUUUUGAAAAAACGCUAUUUUUGAGUAUCGCAAUCGCUUCCUGUGAGCCUCACGCUGAAGAUCGAUAUACCACCAAGUACGACAAUGUAGAUGUAGACGAAAUUCUGCACAGUGAUCGUCUGAUGAAGUUCUACAUGAAUUGCAUGUUGGAUAAAGGCGCUUGUACUCCUGUGGGGCAGGAAGUUAAAGAGAGACUACCAGAUGCUUUGGCCAGCGGCUGUGAAAAGUGCAGCGAGCAACAGAAAAAAAUCAUCAUAAAAUCCCUCAAGUUCCUAAUUGAACAUCGGAGAAACGACUUUGAUCAGCUGGAAGCCAGAUUCGAUCCAAAGCACAUUUUUCGCACGCGUUACCAGGCACAAUUGGAGAAAAAUGGCAUCAAACUGUAACAAUUGCAAUGGAAUAUUGUCGCUAGCAAAAUAGACGCAGAUCGCCUUGAAA